AUGGAGUUCAAAUUCCGUGCCGUCGACAACAAGGAACCACCACCAAUCACGUCGUUAUCGCAUUCUCUUUCCCCGCUCACAUAUCUCCCUGAUCAAUCACUAUAUUUGGACGGAUGUUUUUCUGGCUUGCGAAUGCCGUUAUCCGGCGAGGCGGCACUACGACGGGAGAUUGAGAAGGAGCUAAUCCGUAGAGAAAUUUUGCGGCGAAGUGAGCUGGAGGAGGAAGUGAGAAGGGAACUUGCAAUGGAGAAAGAAUUGGGGAUUUCAUUACCGAGGCCGCUGAUGAAUAUUCAAGGACUAAUGUCCCAUUGGUCCAAUUCAUCUGUGAUGAACCCCGCCGCUGUUGGUCAUAUUGAUGCGUUGCAGUCGCAACCACAGUCAAUUUUGCCCCCUGCGGAAAUCAACCCUUCUCCGGAGACCUGUGACAAGGGCAAAGUUAUAGUGUUGGAUAAGCCAGAUCCCAAACUUUUUAAUGCAAAGCGAAAAGCAACAACACCUCCUGAUUCUGAAAUUGAACCUCUUGCAUUUAGUUUGAAGAAAAAAUCGAAGGAGGAGUGGAGUUGUGCACUCUGUGAAAUUAAAGCCACGAGUGAGAGUGGCUUGAAUGCUCAUUUGAAUGGUAAGAAGCACAAGGCUAGAGAAGCAGGACAGAACAGGAAGAUUGCUAAGAGAAACAAAAAAAGUAGGGAAAAUGUGAUGGUUGUUGAAACAGAUGUUACUACCACAAAGUUAGUGGUUCAUGCAGAAAAAGAUCAACAGCUUCUUCAACUUUGCACUGCCUUGGAAGUCAAGAAUGAGACUGCUGUUGAUCAACAGCUUCUUCAACCUUGCACCGCCUUGGAAGUCAUGAAUGAGACUGCUGUUGAUCAACAGUUUCUUGAAUCCUGCACUGCCUUGGAAGUCAUGAAUGAGACUACUGUUGAUAAGGGCGUCGGAGAAAUUAAAAAAGAGGAGCAGCUUGUGAAGACGGUGUCUGAUAAUGAUGCAAGUGCAACAGAAUCAAAAAAUGAGAAAUUUGUGGCAAUGAUGGUUGAUAAAAAUAUAACUGAACUGAAAAAUGAAGAGCAACUUGUGGAGACAACGGCUGAUAAUAGUGUAAUGUGGAAAGUAAAACCCAUAAAUGAGAAUGAGCUUGUGGAGAUGAUGGUCAGUAAUGAUGUUGUAAAAUUUGAAAAUAGGGGGCUGGUUGUGGAGAAAAGCCAAAAUGUAGGUUCUUUGGAGAGUAAAAAAGAUGCUGCAAUGGAGGAAGCGGAGCCAAUAAGUGCAUUAACAAAAAAGAGAAAGUUUGAACCUUUGUGGUGUGAGAUUUGUCAAAUUAGCACUUCCUCAAAAGCUGUGAUGGAAUGUCAUGUGAAAGGGAAAAAACACAUGAAGAAAAUGAAGAAGUUUGGGCAAAACAGUGUAAGUCCACCAUCCACAUCUUCUGUAUCACAAAAAGCUCCUCCUAUGCUGAUCAAAGAUGCAUUAACUGUCAACAAAGAAACAGGCUAA